UCCAAAUUCAUAUUAGUAUCCACCUUGUUACUGCAACGAUCAAACACCGAUUCAAGUUAUGUCGUUUCUCGUAAAGUUGUUGAUGACAGGCCUCCUUGCCUGUUGUCUUCACCAAGCCAGCGGAGCUGACCAUCGAUUCCGAGAUCUAGAUGAAUUGAAGUCAAAGUUUCAUCCAAACCUUGGCCGUCUUCAUCAGUGCGAACCGGGUUCCUCGUCCGACGAUGGAUGUAACACGUGCAUGUGUUCCCGCAGUGGGUUUUGGAUUUGUACCACAAUGGCGUGCAGCUGGCCACGGUUUCCAGAGAGAUUUCCUUCAAGAAGCUGGCGAGAUGUACCAAUCGUAGAAAAUAUCCCUGGUGCUCCAAAGCUGGUAAGAGCAAAGCGAACCCCUGUCUCAAUUGGGUCGACGACAGUCUUGGUCCGUAACGUCGCCGAGUGUUCAACGAGAGGUGACAUGGGGAAGCCAUUCAGUGAUGGUUGCAAAGCCUGUCGCUGUGUUGCCGCUAACGUUGCUGGAUGUACCACUGCGUCAUGCGGUAACCCGGAGGAGGCGACAACAACGAAAGCACCGGAGGUGACUGAAGUUGUUACGGCUGUUACGCACGAUACGUUAGAGGAAUUGGGUAUAACCACUCCUACUCCAAAGCCAGAGACAACUACCACCCCAAAGACAACUCUUACUCCAGAGCCAACCGAAACCUCUGUAGAAUAUCUCGAACGGGUCACGCCAAUCCCACCGUCCGUGUUUUGUAAGACCGAUAGAGACAUUGGAAUGAGGUACUUCGAUGGGUGCAAUAGAUGCCGGUGCAGUGGUGUAGGACGGGCAGCUUGUACCAAACGGGGGUGCCAAGUGAUUAGACGAGUCACACCCACUCCAGCAGCAAAAGUAUGUGCAGCUGAGACAGACAUUGGCAAAAGGUAUUUCGACGGAUGCAACUGGUGUAGGUGUUUCAGUGUUGGGAAUGCUGCUUGUACUUAUAGAGCCUGUCCAGUGAUACGACCAACGCGAAGCCAAAGGACAACCCGGUCCACCACACCCAGCCGAGUGGCGCGCCCUAGACGCGUCCGCCCAAGGCCCGCCUCGGAAGUCUGCCUUACACAGGCUGACAUAGGGAAAUCGUACUACGACGGGUGUAACUGGUGUCGCUGUAUGCAGAUCGGUCGUGCUGGAUGUACGCGUAGGAUGUGCCCGUUUAUGAAAGACAGAAGGACAACCAAGGCCACCGCCGCUCCAACUACGCCAGCACCGACAGGCUUCUGUUCAUCUUGGAGGGACGUUGGGCGGCAGCAAUACGAUGGGUGCAACCACUGCAUGUGCAGCACGGGACUUAGAAAGAUAUGUACGAUGAGACAUUGUUUUCCCGCAAAAGUCAGACAAUAAGGAGUCAGCGAUUAAAUAAUUACGAGGUAUGUUUGUUAAGAAUUCUAACCAAAACGUAUAGCGUGUUCAUUUCACUUAUCUUAAGACUGCGCGAAAUAUUUAGCAUAAAUAGCUAAGUUUUAUUCCAAAAGCACGAAAAAAACCAUUUAAGGUUUUAUUUAUGUAAACAUAUUGCGAGUGAAUCGUAGUAUUCGAAAUUGGAAUCUUAAGUGUCAUAUGUACAUGUUUGUUCGAUCUGGAUCAAACUGUACCUAUCGUCGUUACAAAUGAGUCGUUAGAAUUCUUAUCAAUCAUUUUCGCUAAAAGCAUUUCUGUGUUAACUAUCCAUAAGGAUUUUGUGACUGCCAGAGAUAUCAUCAUAAUUCUCAAUUGAUACUGAUAGCAAACUCGUACUAUUCCUUUGAUGAAUAAUUCUUAAUGUAUAAUGUGGGUUAAAUGCUGUGUUGGUUCAUCCAUCUCAUAGGUCUAUCCAGUCAUUGGAGAGGUCAAGUUCUCCUUCAGAAAUGUUCCUUUAAGAAGAACAUCAUUAAAUCAAGUGUUCUUUGUAUCCUUAUACAAAUGCCGUACUCAAUUUGAGGGAUCUAGUUCGUACAGGCAUUGUUUUGAUAUUCUUUUAUUCUCUGUGCAUAUGUUUAAUACAGAGGAGUAUCGCUCAUACAAAGUGUAAAGAAAUAAAAAAUUGUAUGUUCAAAA